UGGUAGGAGAUAGCAGAGACUACUAAAAUAGUCAAAUGUGCGCACAAGCUGUUUCUAUUUUGACACUUGUAUUUACCAGUUCUUUAAUUUUUCUUUUUCUGCAAGGACAGGUCAGGUGUAAUUUUCCUAGACAAAACAGAAAGCAUAAAAAAUUGUAAAUGGAGCCUACCAGUCUCUAACUUUUUCUAUGCAAAAUCAUUACAGAAUCUUUUUCCACUAGUAAAUGCACUUCUAUAAUAAUUAGUGGAGAAGUUGGAAAUUAAGUCGUGCAGAUAAUCCAAGUUUGAAAAUAAUGGAGUCAUGGCUUCUCCUCCUCCUCAUCAUUAUCAUCACUCUUUGUAUCUCUUUCUUACUCAAAUCCAAUAACCAGAAGGUCAACCAGAAAUUCCCUCCCGGACCCUUUGCUUUUUCUGUGAUUAGCAGCUUACUACGGGCUAAUACCGAUAUAGAACUCAUCCUCAGGGACCUCAAGACUAAAUAUGGUCCUGUAUUCAACUUAAGAAUUGGAAUUGGAUUUCGUCGUCCUUCUAUAUUUGUUGCUAGCCACUCAUUAGCCUAUCAAGCUUUAGUCCAGCAAGGCGGUGUUUUUUCCAGCCGGCCAAAGGCCGCUCAGACCAGUGUAACCCUCACCAGUAGCCGGAUUAACAUCGCCUCCUCCCCUUACGGCCCCUCAUGGCGCCUCCUCCGUCGAAACCUUGUCUCUGAAGUCCUCCACCCUUCCCGCACUAAGUCCUACUCUAAGGUCCGUUCUCGGGUACUUUGUAUCCUUAUUCAACAGCUCCGUUCUGAUUCUGAAGCCACGGAAGUGAUCAGGUUAAUUGAUCAUUUUCGUUAUGCCAUGUUCUAUCUUCUUGUCCUGAUGUGCUUCGGGGACAAGAUAGAUGAGCCUCAAGUCAAACAGAUUCAAGAUGUACAACGAAGAUGGAUGCGAAAUGCGAGUCGAUUCAUCAAUCUCAGCAUCUUCCCAAGAUCACUUCAAAAGAUCAUUUUCAGGAAUCAAUGGAAAGAGCUCAUCCAACUGAUACAAGAGCAAGAAAGGAUCUUUAUACCUCUGAUCCAGGCUGGAAUGAAGCAAAAAACUGAGGAAGAUGUAGUGGCUUAUGCGGAUACAUUGCUGAAUUUGGAAAUUCCAGAGGAAAAGAGGAAGUUUAAUCAUGGAGAGAUUGUUAGCCUCUGCAGUGAGUUCCUCUCCGCCGGCACGGAUACUACGGCCAGCUCAUUACAAUGGAUUAUGGCCAAUUUGAUAAAAAAUCCUUCUAUUCAGGAAAAACUAUACCAAGAAAUAUCUGAGGUAGUGAAGUCAAAGGGAGGAAAAAAAAACACAGUGAUAGACGAAGCAGUGAAAGAGGAAGAUUUACAGAAAAUGCCUUACCUAAAAGCAGUGAUCUUGGAAGGUCUAAGGCGGCAUCCACCAGGUCACUUUCUGCAGCCGCACACGGUGACAGAGGAAGUGGAACUCAACGGCUAUGUCAUCCCUAAGGAUGCGAUAAUCAAUUUCAUGGUUGCAGAUAUGGGUUUGGAUCCACAAGUGUGGGAGAAUCCCCUGGAUUUCAAACCGGAUAGGUUCUUAUCAGUGGAUGGUGAUACAGAAGCGUUCGAUAUAACAGGGAAUAGAGAGAUCAAGAUGAUACCUUUUGGUGCAGGAAGAAGAGUAUGUCCAGGAUAUGGCUUGGCCAUGCUCCAUCUAGAGUACUUUGUGGCUAAUUUGAUCUGGCAUUUUGAGUGGAAGACUCUGGAUGGAAACGAUGUUGAUCUAUCUGAGAAGCUGGAAUUCACGGUUACAUUGAAGAAUCCAUUGCGUGCUCGCAUUUGUCCUAGAGUAAAUCAACUUGAAUGAUCUGCUAAUGUUGUGUAUUUGUUUAGUUUUCCUUUCUCUUGAAGUUGUUGAUGUUUCUUCAAUAUAAAAUAAAAGAACAGGAAGGGAACUCAAGUAUUCAA